AUGUCCAAGCAAGUUUCCGAGUCCGACUUCAACCGCCAGAUUGUUUCCAACUACACCGAUGUCGCCGGCGAGAAGCUGGGAGGCAAGGUUCUGUCUUUCUCCGACGAGUGGUUUGCGGAAGCCGCCAACCUCAUCAAGCCCUACGCUCCCAUUCGAGAGGCAGGCAAGUUUGUGGACUCUGGUGCCUGGUACGACGGCUGGGAGACCCGACGACACAACACGGAGCCCGCCGAUUGGGUCGUAUGUCGAUUCGGCGUGGCUGCUGCUCACAUUGUCGGCACCGAGAUCGAUACUGCAUACUUCAACGGUAAUCACGCUCCCGAGAUCAGUGUGGAGUGCACCAGUAUUACCAGUGGUCUGAACGAGGCAGACGAGGCAGCUGCUCUCAAGUCUGCUUCUUGGGACACUGUCAUUUCCAAGCACGAAUGUGGACCCAGCCAGAAGCAGUUCUUCGUGCUGGACAAGCCCACCUCCAAGACAUACACCCAUGCCCGUCUCAACAUGUACCCCGAUGGCGGAAUUGCGCGAUUCCGGCUCUACGGAUCCGUUGUGCCUGAUUUCUCGCAGUCCAAGGACGUGGAGAUUGAUCUGGCCUCUGUUCUGAACGGAGGACAGGCCGUGGCUCGGUCGGACCAGCACUUUGGAUCCGCUGACAACCUGCUGCUGCCCGGAAAGGGAGAGAACAUGGGCUCUGGAUGGGAGACAAAGCGAUCCCGAGAGCCUGGACACGUUGACUGGGUGGUCAUUCGACUGGGAGCUCCCGGAACCAUCAACAAAAUCGUGCUGGAUACCGCCUGGUUCAAGGGUAACUUCCCCCAGAAGAUGACUGUGUCUGCCGUCAACCUGAAGCCUGGCGAGUCCAUUGCUGCCGAUGACGACCGGUGGGUCGAGGUGCUCGCUCCUGUUCAGGGCGCCCCUCACGUGGAGAAGGAGUACCCCGUGGACAACAAGCACGUGUUCAGCCACGUGAAGCUCACCAUCAUCCCCGACGGAGGAGUCUCUCGAAUCCGGGUCUUUGGUAACCGAGCUGAGUAG